AAGAAGCCGAGGGGAUCUUUGUUUGCAGGAGUCAUUUUGGAGUUUGAUGUGCCUCAGAGCAGGGACAGACCUCAGCCAGAUAACUCAAGGAAGGGGAGAUACAUCUCUAACCCGUGGCGGGAAGGAAGAGGGGAGGAAUUGACACACAGGAGCGUUCCAAACAGAGUAAGUUCAGAUACUCUCUCCACUCCCUCUCUGGAAAUAGAGACAGAAAGAUAUGCCUUCAUCAGUGCAACUCUUCAGAGAUCAGAAGUACCACGAGCUGAAAGGGCAGUGUAUCCAGCAGAGACGGCUCUUCGAAGAUCCUGAGUUUCCAGCCUCGGAUGUGUCCCUUUUCUAUCAAUCAGCCCCACCAAGGAAAGUUGAAUGGAAGCGCCCAAAGGACCUCUGUGAAGACCCCCACUUGUUUGUGAAUGGAAUCAGCUCCCAUGACUUACACCAAGGCACCCUGGGGAACUGCUGGUUUGUGGCUGCAUGCUCCUGCUUGGCUCUGAGGAAGACCCUCUGGCAGCAGGUGAUUCCAGACUUUAACGAACAAGAAUGGGACCCUAAAAACCCAGAGAAAUACGCUGGGAUUUUCCGUUUCCGUUUCUGGUGCUUUGGAGAAUGGACAGAGGUGGUUAUUGAUGAUCUGCUGCCAACAAUGGACGGGAAGUUGAUCUACUGCCAUUCCAAUGCGAAAAAUGAAUUCUGGAGUGCAUUAUUGGAGAAAGCUUAUGCAAAGCUGGCUGGAUCUUACGAAGCCCUAGAUGGAGGCAGCGCUGCAGAUGCAAUUGUGGAUUUCACUGGAGCAGUGGCAGAAUCUAUUGAUUUGGUACAGGGCAAAUAUGGUGAGAUUAUUUCUGAGCAGAUGAAGCUGUUUGAAGACUUGUUGAAAGUGCAUAAAAGAGGCGGGUUGAUCAGCUGUUCCAUUACGGCUUCCUCUGGUAGUACCAAUGAAGAGGAGACAGAGAUGGGUCUUGUCAUCGGCCAUGCCUACUCAGUGACCGCAAUUCGGAAGCUGCGCCUUGGAGAAAGGCUUAUAUUCUCUUUUAAGGCAGAAAAGCUGUUCAUGAUCAGGCUGAGGAAUCCCUGGGGAAAAAGAGAGUGGAACGGUGCCUGGAGUGACAAUUCUGAGGAGUGGAAGAAAGUCAGCAAUUCAGAACGUAAGAGCUUAGGACUCACUCUUGAGAAUGAUGGAGAGUUCUGGAUGACGUUUGAGGACUGGUGUAAGAAUUUCACUGACGUGGACAUCUGCCGGAUUGUGAAUACCUCCUACUUCAGUAUCCACAAGACCUGGGAGAAGAAAAUGAUGCAUGGGGCUUGGGCAAAGAAUUCAGAGCCCCUGCUAAAUCGCUCUGGUGGAUGCUUUGAUAACAAAGAGACCUUCCUUCAGAAUCCCCAGUACGUCUUUGAUGUUAAGAAGACUGAGGACAAAGUGUUGGUCUCAUUACAACAGGAGGAUCGCCGCAAAUAUAAGAAAGAAGGGAAAGGAGACAGCAUCCCGAUUGGCUUUGAAAUAUUCAAGGUGGAGGAUAACAGAAGCUAUCGACUACACAAGCUGACUGUGCAGGAGAGAGUGGCCACAUCUCUGUACAUCAACACACGCACUGUGUUCUUGAAGAGGAUCCUUAAGCAAGGCCGCUACAUCCUUAUCCCAACUACAUACCAUCCUGGCAUCAUUACAAAGUUUAUCCUGAGACUCUUCACAGAUGUGCCAUCAAAACUCAGGGAACUGAAGGCAGAUAAGCCUAAAAUGACAUGUUGGAGUCUUCUUUGCGGCUAUCCACGCAGAGUCACCCAAAUCAAAAUUCACUCUGCAGAGGGUUUACAGAAGCAAGACAGAUCAGGCGGAGCAGAUCCCUAUGUGCUUAUCAAGUGUGAGAACCAAAACAGGCGCUCCCCUGUGCAACACGAUACGACCAGUGCCAUCUUCGACACACAAGUGGUUUUCUACAGAAAGAACAUCAACAGUCCUAUCAUUGUCCAGGUCUGGAACAGCAACAUCCUGUGUGACCAGUUCCUCGGACAGGCAGUGCUGGCAGCUUCACCCAGUGACCCCAGAGAACAGCAGACUCUGCAGCUCCGAGGGAGAGGCAGGCGAGAAGCAGCCGAGAUGCCAGGUCACAUCACCGUCAAGGUUUUUUCCAGCGAUGACCUCGUGGAGCUAUGAAUACCAAAGCCCCGCAGAGCCAGACAGAGCUGUCACCUCGCAGCAGGGGGGCUUGUCUGUGCUUUCUGUGCGAAUGACUCGGGAGCAAAGGUUGCACGUAAUCAUAAUCGCUUUAAAAGGAAAAAGCCCUCUAACUCUCCACAUUAUCAUGGAUAACAGGGAGAGAGGCUUUUAAAGAGGGAAAAAAUAUGUAUUUAUACAUAUAUAUGUUCAUGAUACAGCAAAUACAGUAGAAGAGGGGCCAAACUAAACGUUAGCAGAUAAGCUCAUUAGGAUGUGACCAUCUUCCCCAGCAGCAUCUUUCAGGAGGUCUCGGCACACAAGCUGGAAGCACAUGUGACUCUUCUCACAGGUUCUCAGCACAUCGUCAUCGGUUCCCAGCAGUGGGACUGGAUGCAGGCAGGAACGGCUGCAUCUCCAUGGUCACGUACCAGCAGGCUGGUGGGGUGGCAAGCACAAGGUGUAUUUGCGUGGCUCAGUCCUUGUUCACGGCCAGGCUGUAUUUGGGAGGGGGAUUUUUUUAAUCUUUGAUUGGAAUUUUUUUUGGCAUAUAAAAUUCUUGAUGAAUUUCAUUGUUACUGCUGUAGAUCAGAUGUUUCUGUUCCUUGGCGAAAAUGUCAUUACUCAAGGAGUUCAGUCAUAGGUCAUAGCCUUAAGACCAGGCGUGCUAGGGCAACACUGAAACGGAAGGGCAGGUCUUGCAGUGCCUAUUUGAACACCACAGCAAAUAAGAGCUUUGGCCGCACAAAGGCUCUCAGAUUGGCUUUCUUAUUCUUCUAUUCUCCACCUCAAGCUGAUGACUCAUGAGUUGAUUAUCUCUGGCCAAGAGAAGGGCACCUCACAACUCAGCUGUGGCUUUGCUCAGAGGACAAAUUCAGUAAUGGGAGCCUCCUUGCUCAGGAGGCUUUGUUUAAUCCACAUGAUGCUAAAAAUGGAAUAACACUCCUUUUGGUUCAUUAGAUGUGAUGGGUAGCGCCAGACUGAAAGUGGACAAAAUUAGCUCAUGGCAAGGAUGGGUUUGUAAAACAAAGAUGCUGUGCCCUGGCAGGUAUCAGGUUUCACUCUCGAAAUUUUGCAUCGGUUUAUUGCUGACAGAGCUGACGUCUUUGAUGACAUUUAACUUGGGUAUAAUGGAGGACAGGUAUUGUUUCAUAUUUCCUUCAAAGCAGGGUUCCAGUACAAACUUUCUUUUAACUUUUAGACUGCAUAUAGCCCAACGGCAGGGC